AUGCGGCGGUCUACUGUGACUACAUGGACACAAUGGGCGGGACAAUUGCGUAUGUACCGCACCCCAUUGGGUGGUGCCUACUUUGAACAGCCGUUACCGUCUUCGCUUGGGGCCUCCCGUUCCAAAGGGAAAGCUACCAGCACGGCUCACAUCAGCACGAAGGGUCGGGGAAAGCGAGGGAAAAAGCAACUGCUCAGUGUUCCCCUUACCGCCGAAGGUCUUAAGUCACAGCUACGACAACUUGGGGGGGAAACAGCUGUUUACAACCGGCGCCGUAGAGAUGAUGGAGAGGUGUGCCUUGCAGAAGACAGUCAUCGUGACAUGCGAUGGCGGGCACUUUACAGCACAGAUUCAACGGGAAAUACACCAAUGCGUGCUUCUAACGAGUCUUCGCCUGUUAUCGUGGCGAAGCAGGGCAGCUUGGUGUUGUUGGAUACAGAAGAAGAAGAAGUGGGGAAUAACGUUGUGCUGCCGGGAAGCAGCGUGCUAGCUAGUGAUCUGGACCGACUAGAACGUGACAUGAUGCGUGAUUACCACCAACGCGGCAAAGAGCUUCCACAUUUUGAUAACGUCUACGUGGCAUUUGGGGGUGGGAGAAGUAGUGAGAAAUCGUAUCACGUUCUUGCAGAGGAGUACCGGCACCACAUGGCAAAGGCGAAAGGGGUUGUUGGAACGGGAAUGUCUGGUCUGGGCGUCAACUUAUGCCGUGGGUUUCAACAGAAGAAAGAGGAUGAGAAUGAAACGGAAGAAGAUGCCAUGCUACCACCGGAGGCAAAUCCUCACUUUCCUGUUGCAAUGGAGGCUGGCACUGCAUCUGCUGUUACAGCUACAACAGCUACACAAUUCAUAGAGCAUGCCGUUGCCUCCUCUUCUCCAUUGUCUUCUGCUCCCUCAUCCUUUCCGUAUGAUGCAUACAUAGCACGUCCUGUACGUAAUCGUCUGCUGCAACUGCGGGGUGCUGAGUUUUGGAAUGACGCGGAGAAUCGUGAGCGGCUUCAGCAGAGAAUGGACUACGCGAUAGAAGGUCACACACACGAGAUGUUGACAGAAGGGUCGGUGGAUACCAGUGAGAUUGGCUAUUCAACAAACAGGGUGCGCAGGGAGACGCUACUUUAUUUUCAGGCGCAUCCCAUCAAUGAGAUGAUUCAGGUGCCUUUUGUACGCAUCCGCAGCAUAUUACUUAGUGACGGAGAGGCAGAGGUGUAUUUUCCCGCGGGCGACGCUGAUACCGAUGUAGACCUCCCUGCAUCGCAAGCACGGCGCAUGGCCCGUGAAUUGGGUCUUGAUCUUGUCCAAGUGGGGACAAUCCACACGGACAAGAACGACAGACGUGUAAUAGCUAUCUGUACCAUUGCAGAUCACCGGGAACAUAUGCGGGAUAUGAUUCGAUUCAAGGUGCAGAAGCUUGGUGUUCAACCUCCACCCACGAAGGAGUGCAUCGAGGUGCCUUUCCGUGGUGGAACGCACCCCCACGCCAUUCGCUUCAAAAGUAUCGGUAUUGCAAAACAUCUUCUCCAUCGGCAUGUGGUGCGCAUUAACCUGACGAAGUUUGGAACACCGAAAGAGGGGUUUCCGGUAUUUCGCACCAUCCUGGAUGAGGUGAAGAAGCAGACACUCCAAUUAAAGGCAUACCACACCGCAAGUAUGGUGCGAGCUAACUACAACGAGGUGUACUGCUACUUGUUUCCUUCGACAGGCCGAUCACCCAAGACGACUGUUACACACCCGACACAAGAGCAGCUAGAUGCGACGCGUGAUCAGCGUAUCCUUGAGGACGAACGGGAAAUCUACUUUGAUGACCUCAACAACAAAAAAACCGCCCGGGAGCGAUUGGCAUACAUACAAAAGCUAGAGAAGGGCACCGCAUGGGCGGAUAAAGACGAGGGUCUUUCACUGCAACGUCAGCGUGACAUUAAAAUUAUGCUUGGGUACUUGCCAAAGGGCAAUCACGAACUUUAUGGAGCACGCGGUGAUGUUAACAUCCCUUCCCCAUUCCGUGCAAGUCACCCAACAUCAGUGGAGCAAUGGACACAUCCACCGGAGACGAACUUGGAGCAAGCGUCGCGGGGUGCGGCAGUGCUUGGCAAGCGACUUGCCAUGACAGUGAGCGAGAUGCACGACAGGCAGGAAUCAGCGGACAACCCGACGACAUUAGAUCGUUUUUACUAUCGAUUGCAGGGUCCGGCUUUGGAGGCGGGUGAAUUCAAGGAAGCACUUGGGCUGAAACGCAAUCGCAAGUCGGUACCAAGAUAUGCGCCCGGUUGGGGUACACUUGGGAUGCCAAAGAACCCACCGGAGGAGCCGGGAUAUGCAGCGAAGUAG